GGUAUAUAAAGACCGGCCGCGCGUCGGUUGUAGCACUCUGCGCGCCCGCUCCUCGUCGCUUACAUUAGGUCUGCAGUCCGCUUCCCCUGCCGCCGCCGCCAUGAGGGAAAUCGUGCACCUGCAGGCUGGGCAGUGCGGCAACCAGAUCGGCGCUAAGUUCUGGGAGGUGAUCAGCGACGAGCAUGGCAUCGACCCUACCGGCACUUACCACGGAGACAGCGACCUGCAGCUGGAGCGGAUCAACGUGUAUUACAACGAAGCCACCGGUGGCAAGUAUGUACCCCGUGCCGUCCUCGUGGAUUUGGAACCAGGCACCAUGGACUCCGUGCGCUCGGGGCCUUUUGGUCAAAUUUUCAGGCCAGACAACUUUGUCUUUGGUCAGAGUGGUGCUGGGAACAACUGGGCCAAGGGGCACUACACAGAAGGCGCAGAACUGGUGGACUCUGUGCUUGAUGUCGUGAGGAAGGAGGCUGAGAGCUGUGACUGCCUACAGGGCUUCCAGCUGACUCACUCUCUGGGUGGAGGGACUGGGUCUGGGAUGGGCACCCUUCUUAUCAGCAAAAUCCGGGAGGAGUACCCAGACAGAAUCAUGAACACUUUCAGCGUGGUACCCUCCCCCAAGGUGUCGGACACGGUGGUGGAGCCCUACAAUGCCACCCUCUCAGUUCACCAGCUGGUGGAGAACACAGAUGAGACAUACUGCAUAGACAAUGAGGCCCUCUACGAUAUCUGUUUCCGCACCCUCAAGCUUACCACACCCACCUAUGGGGACUUGAACCACCUGGUGUCAGCCACCAUGAGCGGGGUGACCACCUGCCUGCGCUUCCCUGGCCAGCUCAAUGCUGAUCUGCGCAAACUGGCUGUGAACAUGGUGCCCUUCCCCCGCCUGCACUUCUUCAUGCCCGGCUUUGCCCCACUAACUAGCCGUGGCAGCCAGCAGUACCGUGCCCUGACGGUGCCCGAGCUCACCCAGCAGAUGUUCGACGCUAAGAACAUGAUGGCUGCCUGUGACCCCCGCCAUGGCCGCUACCUGACAGUGGCUGCCGUAUUCCGGGGCCGCAUGUCCAUGAAGGAGGUGGACGAGCAGAUGCUCAACGUACAGAACAAGAACAGCAGCUAUUUCGUGGAAUGGAUCCCCAACAACGUGAAAACGGCUGUUUGUGACAUCCCACCCCGAGGCCUGAAGAUGUCAGCCACCUUUAUCGGUAACAGCACUGCCAUUCAGGAGCUGUUUAAGCGCAUCUCAGAGCAGUUCACAGCCAUGUUCCGGCGCAAGGCCUUCCUGCACUGGUACACGGGCGAGGGCAUGGACGAGAUGGAGUUUACGGAGGCUGAGAGCAACAUGAACGACCUAGUGUCUGAGUACCAGCAGUACCAGGAUGCCACAGCUGAAGAGGAGGGCGAGUUUGAGGAAGAAGCUGAGGAGGAGGUGGCCUAGAGCUGUACCCGGUAAAAGCCUGGCAGCCACGUGAACUUUUAUUCACUUACAAUCUGUUCCGAUAGCUUUGUCUGUGUGUGCACUUAAUUCUUUCUGUCUUGACUUCACAACACCACAUUAAAGCAUUUUCAUAGUG